AUGUGGCGCGCGGUCCAGCGUGCAGCAUGCGUUGUGCGCGCCGUGCCACGCUCAGGAGUUCGCGAACUGCAUGCGAGUAUACCUGGCUAUGCCCGCAAACCGCGGUCUUCUACUUUUCGUUUGCGCGAAGCCGAGCUGAGCCGCGAAAUUGCAGCGCUCGAGCGCGCAGUGCAGCAUACAGAAAAAGAGGCACACGUCGCUCGCAUAACGCAGGACCUGCCGCCGCUCGAUGAUGCAACGCUUGAAUCCAUGUACCGUGAGCUCAUAGCUCCCCAACAACCUGUGCAGCAUGGGAUCGAAGCGCCGCCGCGCCGCGAUGCGCUUGCUUCGCUUGCCGAGCGCCUCGAUGUGCCGCGCUCCACAGCACUUGCGACCCAGGGUUCUGCGCACACGCCUACCACAUGGGUCGCACAGGUCCUCCCAAAGCUAGCGUCCUACACCGAUCCCGUCCCCGAAGCGGAAUGGUUCGCACUUGCAGUGGAGAGCGCGAAAGAAAGCGAUGCUGCUCAGGUCCGCACCAUUCUCGAGCACAUGGCGCGCGCCAUGCCCGUUCCGCAGGCCCUUUAUACGAGCAUCCUCGAUACGUUUGCUACGCGUGGCGAUCUCGAGACGUGCCUCGCCCUCAGCACGCAAAUGGAGCAAAUGGGUCUUGCGGCGGACGCGCCGGCGAAACACGCCAUGGUCAAGGCGUAUACCCGCGCCGAUGAAGCAUUUGGGGCACUGCAAUACAUAGCAUACUGGGAGGCGACCACCCCUGCACCCAUAUCGGCUUACGCAGUGCUUGUUGAGCACUUACUGCGGCACCCCGUGCGCCAAGUACAGCCGCUCGCAUGGUCCCUAUUUUACCGGAUGCGCUUUGCCGCACACCCCGUGCCGGACGCACAGAUGUAUGCUCUUAUGAUUCGUGCGUGCGCCGCUGGCGUGCCGCAGCCCGGUGCGCGUGGCCAGCUCGAUGCGGAUGCAGAGCGUGCGCUGGACUUGUUUCGCGAGAUGACGACGCACCAUGCCAUCCGCCCCACAAAACAAGUCUUGGAUAGCUUGCUCCUUACCUGUGCACGGCGCAAAGAACACUAUGGCGAUGCCGUGCGGCUUUUGCGCGAGCUGCUCGACGGCGAGCAGGCGCGUAUCAUCUCGCCGCGCGACAGCGUGUGGGCGAAUACGCACACGUUCAAUGCGUUCCUCCAAGGCACCGCGCGUAUUGGCGAUUUGCGCAUGGGGCGCUGGGUGCUUGCAGAGAUGCUGCGGAGUGCGUACGGCACUGAGGCGCCACCCAGGGUGCGCGCACAAAUGUGGCCGAACGAAGAGACACUGACGAAUCUGCUAUGGACGUACGCCGUGCAUCGGCCGCAUCUCGCCGAAAGCGCCAUUCCGAGCGCGGAAAAUGCAGAGGAAACACUUACCCAGGACGACCACGAUCCCGUCGUGUAUGAGCGCGCCAUGUUUACUCAAGAGCUGCCGCAAACGAGCCAGGAGAUUUUGUUCGAAGCCAAGUCGCUCAUGGCACGGAUUCUUGCCGACCAAAAAAAAGAGCCGGGCUGGGCGGCGCCGCUCGCCAGCGUGCGCACCACGCCGCGCCUUUUGCACGCCUACCUGUCCGUGCUGAUGCAUCAUGUGCCGCGCGAGUCGCGCAUGGACGCCGUCCUGGACGCCGUCGAGCACCCCGACCAUGUAUUUCGCACGGCCAAGGUCGAGCCCAACGGGCAUACUCUUUCCCUCAUGCUCGAGGCGUGCGUGUACGCCAAGGAUCGCGCACGCGCCGACGCAGUCGUGCACCGCAUCUGGCAGCAGUGGAUCGCCAUGUGUCCGCCCGGCACCGCGCCUGCAUCCACCGCAGCCCACGGCUUGGACGCACGCACAAUCUCCAAAGUGUGGGCGCUCGCAAUCCAUGCGAUGGCCAAAUCGUACGAUACCCAAGGCGCACUUGCUCUGCUUCGCACCUUUUACGAAAAAUAUCCCCCCACACAUACCCCAGCGCACGCCCCCGCAGCGCGAGCCGCACCGCGGAUCGACCUCAUGCCAUGUCCGCCGCCUCAAGCCAUGCUCGACCGCUUAGCCAGCUUGGCGCCCGUGCCCGGUGCGCGGCGCCAGUACGCACCGAUUGCGCCGCUGCUUCCCAAGCUCCGAUUCCGCGAUGUGGAGCUCCUGCAUCAUCGAUGCCUCGCACUGCGCGACAUCCCUGCGCUCCACCUCAUUUCCCGCAUCGACCGAGCGUACCGUAGCCCAUAG